GGCAACUUGCCACCAGUUGGUUCCUGUCGACUUGCCGGUAGUCUUUUCUUUGAGUCCCUCUGACAGCGCUGUCAUUCUGUUAAGCCGACCUCACCACGGAAACCUCGCUGAGUUUGACUCACGUGUCCCUAUCUCGAAAGUCGCGCCCUAGCGGUUCUAUGAACAUGACAUCUGGCUAUCACUACUAAAGACGAUCGGACCGUCGAAUGACGUUGUCGCCAACAUGGAGAUUCCAGAAUACCAAGGCCCAGAAUAUUCGGGCGCAUCAUCUUUUCCAGACCUGAUGAAUGAUCCAGCCUAUGCUACCAACACCAAAGGGAAGGGGAGGGACCUGGAGGACCCAGAUACUUGCCGAAUAUGUCGCGGGGAGGGAACGGAGGACGAGCAGCUCUUCUAUCCGUGCAAAUGCAGUGGGAGCAUCAAGUUCGUUCACCAAGCUUGCUUGGUUGAGUGGCUGUCGCACUCCCAGAAGAAGCAUUGCGAGCUGUGUAAAACGCCAUUCCGAUUUACCAAACUGUACGAUCCGAACAUGCCUCGAAACCUCCCCGCGCCGCUGUUCAUGAAGCAGCUUUUUAUACACAGCUUUCGGACAAUGGUUACGUGGCUUCGCUUUGUUCUUGUCGCCUUCGUUUGGCUCGGAUGGCUGCCGUGGUCGAUGAGGGCAAUCUGGAGGGCGCUCUUCUGGCUGGCAGAUGGUCGUUGGUCUGGAGGUGAUAUACCUCGUCAAGGCUCUGUUGCCAGUCAUGCUGCCCAUUCCGUCGAGAAUGCAUCGGGUUCGUUGAGCAGUGCACCAGCCGCCAUCUCGCCCAGCUCGAGUGAUAUCCCGUCGUCCGUACCGUCAAUGUUCGGCUUCUCAUCGGGUGAGCCUUUGAUGUUCAGUCUGAUAAAGAAUGCCUUUUCGAGUCUUUUCUUUCCCGCGAUGUCGUCGGGGGCACGCCAUACGGAUGCGGGAUCAUCGAAUGCUACUCUUGGGCUUUACAAGCCCCGGCGCUCCUCCUGGCUUUCUGAUGUCAAAUUUUUGAACGCCUUGACUCCAUCACCGACAUUUAACAACAUCGUGAUCGACACUUUGGAGGGACAACUCAUUACGGUGUUGGUUGUGGUCUCCUGUAUACUAAUAUUUCUGAUUCGGGAGUGGGUUGUUCAACAACAGCCAACGGCCAACAUCGCAGAGGGGGAGCGAGAGGCGGCUGUUCAGUUAAUCGCUAAUAAUCGUCCAAAUCAAAACGAAGACAGACCUGGACCCGACCAACAGCCUGUUCCGCACACAGAGGAACCUGUACACGAGCAUCACCGGGUGAAUGAUGGGUUUGGUCUCGCGGACGGGCCGGAGCCUCCCCGAGAAGAGUCAGGGUCUUUUCACGGACACUCCUUUGUUCAAGGUGAUAGCUUCGCCCACCCAGAAGGCGCUGAAGACUUUGGUACAUCGUCUAUGUCCCGGCACUACGAUAGCAACUCGUACGGAGAAAAUGUCGACCCUUCAACGGGAGAGCACUAUCGCCAAGUGGGUCAAGUCUGGCCUGGUACUGAUAUUUUCCGGGACCUAUGGUCUCGGGCUCAGGGUGAUCCCGAACAGGUCCUCAGGAUCAUCAGAGAAGAAAACCGUCAGGCAGAGUUAAACUGGAUCGUCACUGCGAUGACCAAUCUGCGGCAAAGUCGACCUCCCAACUUCUUCGGCAGCGACACGGCCGCCCAGCCAUAUGAAGCACUCCCCGACACGGAUACAUAUGAUGCACAUGUGUAUGAUUCCCAACCUAAGUUCGCGGAGUCCUCUCAGUCGGCGCAUGAAUAUGGACAGCAGGGCGAUGACGAUACCCACUGGGAGGCUGGGGAUUCGUUCAAUCCAGAAUUCGAGGGCUAUCACAACACAGGUCAAUCGCGGAACCCUUUUGCAUUCAAUUUUCCAGAUCCGGGGCCAGAUACUAUGGAUCAGCAUCAAGAUGAUAUCCACGCCACCCAACCCUAUGAUGACGAACCUCAUGUUCAUGAAGCUCCUGUCACAGCCCCUGUUGCAGCUCCUGCUUCAGCCGAACUUCCUAGGGCUGAUGAUUCUUCUGAUAGGGCUGGGGGCGCCCCGGAAAGCGCCCCGCAAUCGGCUCCUAAUGGCAAUCAGGCUGCUCCUGCUCCUCCCAAAACGUUGACCACUCAGGUCCUCGACUGGUUUUGGGCCGAUAUCACUCCAGAUGAGCCGGCUGAAGAACCUCUGCAUCAGGAUGGAGAGCACAUAGUUGAAGAUCCAGCUUUGGAAGAACCUUUCGUGCCCGUGCAAAACAAUCAACGCGCGCUCAACAACGCUGCACAGGACAAUCAGGGGUUCCUUGCGGAUGCUGGACUUGAUGCGAACGAUCUUGAAGCUAUCGAGGAUGGCGACGACCUGGAAGGAAUACUAGAGCUCAUUGGUAUGCACGGUCCGAUUUUCGGUCUCCUGCAAAACGGUGUCUUUAGUGCUCUCCUCAUCUCGUUUACGGUAGCAAUUGGAAUCUGGCUUCCUUACCUAUGGGGAAAGAUUGCUCUUGUUCUGCUGGCAAACCCCAUUCAGCUUGUCUUUGGUGUACCAAUGACUGCAGUAUCGGUCUUCGCUGAUAUCACCCUUGAUACACUAAUUGGUAGCCUGGGUUAUGUCAUGUACUGGGUCACUCUUCUCUGCAAGUUGUUCCUUAGUCCUCUCAGUGCUCUGUUGCCCAUAGGAAACUGGAUUCCUCACACCAAAACACUUACCAGUGCUUCGCUUUCGCUCAUCGAUGCCAGCAGCCAUCGAUUGAAAAAUGUGGCUAGCACAUUUUUCGUUUUCCAUGAAGCGGAUGUUCCUAUGUUCUCCGUUCUCUCUCACCAAGCAUUGAUAAUUCACCAAGCACGAAUUGCCACUCUCCUGCGAUCCGUUUUCGUUGCGGUGAAAUUUGUAUUGCACGAUUUACCGCUUCGGAUUAUAACCCAUGGAGCCACUGGCGCCCUCGCAUUUGAUCGCGAAGCCAUUGAUCUUACCGAUCUGUUGUCCCAGGCUCGGUACCAGAUCAGCGACUUUGUGGAUAACAUCAUGUAUUCCUUGAAUGGCACAAAGUGGUUCAGAGCCAACAUGAUGGGCGUACCGCCAGUAUCUAGCAUUACCCUGGAUUACGAUCUCGCUGUGUGGGAUACACAAGAUCGUGUGAUUGCCAUCGUCAUGGGCUAUCUUCUUGUCUCGGCUCUAGGCCUUCUCUACCUACGUGCUACCGCUCUACUUUCUGGCGUGGCUCGAGGGCAAAGGGUUGAAGGCAUCAUUGCCGAAGUUCUCAACCAAGCUGGAGGUGUCAUGAAAGUCAUCCUCAUCAUUGGAAUCGAAAUGAUCGUCUUCCCACUCUACUGCGGCUCCUUGCUUGACGUUGCAUUGCUGCCUCUUUUUGAAGGCGCAUCCAUAACCUCCCGGAUCGAAUUCACUUCCUCAUCACCCCUCACUUCACUAUUUGUCCAUUGGUUCAUCGGCACCUGUUACAUGUUUCAUUUCGCUCUCUUCGUCGCUAUGUGCCGGAAGAUCAUGAGGAGUGGAGUCUUGUAUUUCAUUCGCGAUCCGGAUGACCCGACCUUCCAUCCCGUGCGUGACGUGCUCGAGCGCAACAUCACCACCCAACUGCGCAAAAUUGCGUUUAGUGCCUUGGUCUAUGGUGCUCUGGUGAUCGUGUGUCUUGGGGGUGUCGUGUGGGGGUUGCACUUUUCCUUUGAUGGCGUUUUACCAAUCCAAUGGUCUGCCACUAUCCCGGUCCUUGAAUUCCCGGUUGAUCUACUCUUCUACAACUUUGUCAUGCCGCUUGCAAUCCGCUCCAUCAAACCUUCUGAUGGCCUACAUGGCCUCUACAGUUGGUGGUUCCACAAAUGUGCCCGCUUUUUGCGCCUGACAGAGUUCUUCUUCGGAGACAGACAACCCGACGAGGAAGGACAUCAUGUGCGACGAACAUGGUGGCACUUGUUAACAGGAGCUAAGGGUGACGUGGCGCAGCCUGUUGUUGCCAAUAAGAACGAACAAAAAGUGCCAACUGACAGGUCUCUUGACGUCUACUUUGCCCGGGAUGGGAGAUUCGUUCGUGCCCCCGCUUCUGAUCAAGUCCGCAUUCCCAAAGGCAGCCAUGUAUUCUUGGAAGUAUCUGAAACCAACGAGCGGGUCGAUGGGGCCAUGGAUACGGAUGAAGGCCUCCAUGGCCGGAAGAAUGACAUGUUCACCAAGGUUUAUGUUCCUCCGUUCUUCCGAAGCAGGAUUGCUGCCUUCAUUCUCUUGAUUUGGGUGUUUGCGGCCGCCACUGGCGUAGGCACCACCAUUAUUCCGCUGAUCGUUGGGCGCAAGGUGAUGUCGUCAUACUUCCCCAACCGUCCACUGAAUGAUAUUUACGCCUUUUCCACCGGCAUUUGCAUAGUCGGUGGGGCUGGGUUCGUUGCCUGGUAUUGCAAGAACCGCGCUGCAGUGGUCAAAGACCGCCUGGGACCGUAUUUGCAGUCCCCUCGACAGGCCUGUAUCGGAUCAGCCAGUGCCGUGAUGAACGGCCUCCGUCUCAUCUACAUCUUCACCGCAUUCUCUGUUGUGUUGCCUUCGCUAUUCGCUCUGGUGGUGGAGCUUUACGUGCUGGUCCCAGUGCACACAUACUUGGGCGGCACCCAGGCCCAUGUCAUCCACUUUGUGCAAGACUGGACACUUGGAGUGCUCUAUGUCCAAAUGACCGUUAAAUUCGUUCUGUGGAAUUCUGCUUCUCGCCCGGCGGCAGCCUUGAACGGCAUCUUCCGCGAUAGCUGGUUAAAACCCAACGUGAGCCUUGCCACGCGGGCACUGCUGCUUCCAAUCACGCUCUUGGCGGCUGUUGCGGUGUUCAUACCACUCUCUUUUGGGUUCAUUGUGAACUCGACCGUGUUCCACUCGGCUCCCGAGGUGCAGUCCAAGGUUUACCGCUAUGCCUACCCGGCGACGUUGUUCAUGAGCCUGCUGGCCUGGCUGGCCUAUCUGGUCCGUCGACAGGUGGAGAUCUGGCGAGUCAACAUCCGGGAUGAUGUCUAUUUGAUUGGAGAGCGUCUCCACAAUUUCCGUGAGAAGCGCGCAAGGGAUGUGGGUGUGCCUCGACAGGUAAUCACGGGAUGAUUGGAGCGACGUGAAGCAGGAGUGGUAAUUCAAAAACAUGUAGCAACAUUCUGGUUGAUUUCUCUUUUCUUGUUCGUACUCGUCGCAAAUCCUUGUGAUUAUUAUUUUCAUUAUAUUUUUUAUUAUGAUGAAUCAUGAAUAGAAUGUUAAAACUUCUAAGG